UCACCAUUCAACACAAGUCAAAUUUUCCAAUUUUUGAUUUGAGGUUAACUGGUCAACUUGUCUGCCUUUUUAAUGUAAUAAAUAUGGAAAAGAAACUGAAAUUGAGAAAUAUUUUAGAUAUAAGGAAAAGUAAAUUUCGAACAGAAACUUAUCCAACAAGAACUUCUGAAGAACAGGCUGAUGUUGAAGAUAUAGUGUUAAGAAAAUAUGAAGAUUUGCAUAUAAAAUUAAAAAUUAACCCUAAUUUACCUGAACUUUUCAAAGAACAACAUACAAGAUUUUUAGUGGAGAGUAUGGUGUAUUUACCUUCAGCGUAUGAGAGUCUCGAUGCUAGUCGACCAUGGUUGUGUUAUUGGAUUUUACAUCCCUUAUCGUUGAUGGGAGUGAGAUUAGAGGAUACACAAAAAAGUCAUAUAGCAAAAUUUUUAGGAAGAUGUCAAUGUCCUGAAGGUGGAUUUGGAGGAGGUCCAGGUCAGUUCCCUCAUUUAGCAGCUACGUAUGCAGCUGUGAACGCUUUAGUUAUAUUAGGAACAGAAGAAGCAUAUAAAAUAAUAGACAGGAAAAAACUGCGAGAUUUUCUCUUCAGUGUACGACAAUGGGAUGGCUCUUUUGCCAUGCAUGUGGGUGGAGAAAUUGAUAUUAGAGGUGCGUACUGUGCUUUGUCGGUAGCUAGUCUUACUGGAAUUUUGACGCCAGAACUGUGCAAGGACACAGCAGAAUGGAUAGUAAGUUGUCAAACAUAUGAAGGGGGAUUUUCUGGUUGUCCAGGAAUGGAGGCACAUGGCGGUUAUGCAUUUUGUGGCUUGGCAGCUUUAGUCAUAUUGCAAAAAGGACAUUUAGUCGAUCAGCAGGCGUUGCUAAGGUGGUUGGUGCAAAGGCAAAUGAAAUUGGAAGGCGGUUUCCAAGGUAGAACGAAUAAAUUGGUGGAUGGUUGUUAUUCUUUUUGGCAGGGAGGAGCUUUCCCAUUAUUAUAUUCUUUAUUAGCUAAAGGGUAUAGUAUACCUCAGGAUCAUCUGUUCGACGAGAGGGCAUUACAAGAGUAUAUAUUAAUUUGUUGUCAAAAUCCAUCAGGUGGCUUACUAGACAAACCGGGCAAGCCGAGGGAUAUUUUCCAUACUUGUUACACUAUAAGCGGUUUGUCUGUCGCACAGCAUUUCCUUAACGAAAGGCAUAUUUUAGGGCCCACAAGAAAUUCAAUAACAUGUACUCAUCCUUUGUACAACAUUAGACCAGAUAUAGUUCGAAAAGCAUUACUAUAUUAUAAUAACUUAGGAGAUCCUAACAAGAAAGACAACAAUAUCGGCAGCACAUGACACGGAAUCAAAAGAUGUAUACACCACUUUAAAAUAUACGUGUAUAAUUUUAAUAUAUUACCUUUUACAUCAAAAAUGAAAAUCCAUACAUGCAUUUUAAGUAAUUUUAACUAUAUGGGUUGCAUUUUGGUCAGUUGAAAAUAUUUUUAAGGGUUAUUUAGAGACCGUAUUUUUUUGUUGUUUGAUAAAAUGUUGAUGAAAGGAUAGUUAAUAUUAUGUAAAAAAUAUUUGCAUUGAUACAGUUUAUUUAUGGUGUUUUUGAAGGUGCGACUGAAUAUUGUACUGUAUAUUGAUUUGUAAUUAUUUUACCACUUUGUAAAAUAAACCAUUUUAGGCAUUACUUUAUAUAUUAGUACUUCGGAUGAAAUUUAUAUCUCUA